GGGGUGGUGGUGGGGGGGUGGGGGUAAAAAAACCUAUAAAUACUCCUAAUCUUAAACAUUUUUUCAUAUCUCUUCUCCAAUUCUUCCUAAAUCCUAUUCUUAACUCUCUACUCUCUAAUUCUCUUAUUCUCCAUUCUCCAAUAUAUUAUAUUUAUUAUUUAUAGUUUAUAUUAAUUAUCUACUUAUAUAAACUAUAAAUAGAUAUAAAUAGUAUUAUAUUACUUAUAUUUGUUAUCUAAUUAUAUAUUACUUAUAUAUUUAUUAUAUCUAUUAAUAUAGUUGGAAUUAUAUCUAAUUAAUUUGAAAUCAUUCUAUUACUCUCAUCCGAAAGACCGAAAGUCCGAAAGAGGUACAAAAUUAUUCUAUUAUUUACACUUGUUUAAUUUUGUAUUAACGUUACUUGAAAAAGAAACUAGUUAAUUAGGUUGUACAAUUUGCUAGUUGCUAGUUGGUACAUUUGACAAGUUGUAAUUCUAAUUAUAGUUAAAGUUAAAGUGUAUUAAUUUCAUUGUUAGUAAAAAAAUAUGUUGUACUCAUUGUACACAAAACUAGUUAAUUCACUAGUUAAUUUGCUAUAACUCGAAUUAAUAGUUAGAUAAAUAGUUAAUUACUUUUUUACAAUUUUUUAUUAAUUGCUACAUUUGACUCUAGUUUAAAAAAAUAGGUUGUACACAAAACUAGUUAAUUCACUAGUUAAUUUGCUAUAACUCGAAUUAAUAGUUAGAUAAAUAGAUAAUUACUUUUUAUGUGUGCAAGAUGGUCUAAAAGCGUUGGGAGCAUCGUUGGAGGUAGUCAAGGGGAGAUUAGACGUAUUUGGGGUAAUGGACAACUUAGGAAAAAAUGGCAUGAUUAUUUGAUAGAAAGAUGUGAGAGAUAUGUGGUUUUUCCUAAAGAUUUGUCUAUUCGUUGGAAUAGUACCUAUAAGUUAAUUGGAGUUCUUCUUAGAUAUAAACAACAUUUUCCUGCUUUUAUGAAACAAUAUGAUAACUAUAUUAUAAACUCGGCUGAGAUCGACACCUGUGAAAAAAUUUGUAAUGCUUUGAUAUAUUUUAAUAAUGCAACUGAAACUUUUAGUCAUGUUUAUAAACUUACCUCAAACCAAUUUAUUCGUGAAGCUGUUAAUCUCGCCGGUGCUUUUUCAAAUUUUGAGAAUGCUGAUUAUGUGAAUUAUUUUGCUAGUUUUAUGAAGGAAAAGUUUUUAAAAUAUUAUUCACAUAUUCCGCAUAUUUAUGGUAUUGCAUUUGUUCUCGAUCCUCGUUUUAGACUUGGUUCUUUAGAAGAAUGUUUGAAUUAUUAUUAUGCUGCUUUUUUUGGUCUAUUGCCAAUGUAUGAGGACAACCCAAUUGAUCCGAAAAAAGAAUACAACGAGAAGAUGAUGAUUUUGACGUACUAAACUGGUGGAAGGGAAAAGAAAGAAUGUUCCCGGUUUUAGCAAAGAUGGCUAAGCAAGUGCUAUCAAUGCCGGUUUCAACGGUUGCCGUGGAACAAGAAUUUAGUUCGGCCGACAAUGUCCUAACACAAACCAGAACGAGGUUGAGCGUUGAAUCUCUUGAGAUGCUUAUAUGCUACCACGAUUGGUUGAAAGCAGACCGUAGAGCUCAAGAAAUUGACAUCACCCCAUCCCAACACUUUAUGGAUGAAUCUACAACCGAGGGUGGCUCUACCUAUGCCGGAGAUUCCGAUUGAAUGAUUGAUUAGUAUUUCAUGUUUUAAAAACAAUUGUAGUUCCUAUUUAAUUUUCAAAUGUAGUUCCUAUUUCAUUUCAAAUAAAUGCACUUGAAGUUUGUUUUUUUAAUACUUGUAUAAAACUAUAA